AGGAAUUUAUAUACAGAUGUUGCAAGAGCAAUUGAAUUACUGGAAAAACUACAGGAGUCUGGAGAAGUACCAGUACACAAGCUACAAUCCCUCAAAAAAGUGCUUCAGAGUGAGUUUUGUACAGCAAUUCGAGAGGUAUAUCAAUAUAUGCAUGAAACGAUAACUGUUAAUGGCUGUCCUGAAUUCCGUGCAAGGGCCACAGCAAAGGCAACAGUUGCAGCUUUUGCAGCUAGUGAAGGCCACUCCCACCCUCGGGUAGUCGAACUGCCAAAGACUGACGAAGGCCUGGGUUUUAACGUGAUGGGAGGAAAAGAACAGAAUUCCCCAAUUUAUAUCUCUCGCAUCAUUCCUGGAGGGGUGGCUGAAAGACACGGAGGACUCAAAAGAGGAGACCAGCUGCUAUCAGUGAAUGGAGUGAGCGUGGAAGGAGAGCACCAUGAGAAAGCUGUGGAACUACUAAAGGCUGCUAAGGACAGCGUUAAGCUGGUGGUCAGAUACACCCCGAAAGUCCUGGAAGAGAUGGAGGCUCGCUUUGAAAAGCUACGGACAGCCCGACGUAGACAGCAGCAGCAAUUGCUCAUUCAGCAGCAGCAACAGCAACAACAGCAACAGACACAACAGAACCACAUGUCAUAGGCCCUUGAGGGAAAACGACUUGAUCAAACAUCUGAUAGUCACAAAUUUGAAAACGUGCUUCAGAAUCCCAGCACAUAGUAAAAGACAAUACCAAUAAUUAUACCUGUCAAGAAGCUGUGAACACAAUGUGUACAAAUUCUUUACCAAGGCAACUCGACACCUCCUUUCUCCAGGCCCUCAGCCCCUGCUCACGUGCUCUGUACACACCAACCUUCUGUCCACUGCAGUGGGAAUUCCCAGUGUGGAGAGGGACAGACUUUCCAGUCCACAGCCUGAAACAGGAUAAGGGGAACAGUCUGUGACUUUCGAAUACAUCUCCGGGGCCAGGAUUAGGUCAAUCUUUGGUCUGUGGCUUUUCCAGAGAAAAACAAACCUCUCUAUAGGCUGUUGUUCAAACUGCAUCAGUUCAAGGUUGCUGUUCUUACACAUUCACCCUCUCCCUACCUGAUCCACAACCCCUUUUGCUGAGUUACCAGAAUUGGAACUACAAAUAAUUGAAAAUUCAACAUCUAACCUCCUCUUGAAAAUGGCAAGUUACAAUACUAUAGACUCUUUUUAGGCUCUAGGAAUAAUUGGCUUGUUAUUUUCUGUUUUCAUGAAUUUUUAUGCAUUAGCUGAAUGGGUCACUUUCAAUUUAACUUUCAGUUUAUUAGAAGCAAGAGUAGGAACCUGGUACUGUACUUUUAAAUUUAAAUAUUGCUUGCAUUUAUUAUUAUACAGCCUAACAGAAUAUAAUGUAUAUUUAUUCCACAAAAUAUGUAUUAUUAGAGUACACUUGUUAUAACUUAGAGUCUUUCCUUACCAAGAGUUAUGGCUCUGGUGAGAGAUCACUAGCAAAGGACCUAUCUUCAUGAACUGAUCGUAUAUACAUACAUAUAUAUAUAUGUGUGUAUAUG